CAAGUCUAUCUCUGUGGUCAGUGUGACGGAUACAACCUCUUUAAGUCAAACAGGACUGCUGUGGUCUUUUCCGAAGAGAUUUAAUUCCUGAACCUGAGCUCGGGAAGGUUCGCCACGUUAUGCGUAAAAAAGCGCAGCGCUCGUCGUGACGCAGCGUCACCCCUUUGGAUGUAUUACUCAGUCUCACUAAAUCCUAUUUUGUAGAUCUAACCUUUUCCCCCAAUGAGGAUUAUAAUAACCAUGAGGAUUUUGUGGGUUUUUGUGUUGCGUUUCCUGGAUUUUUCAGAUGCUGUGAUCGACCUGACCAUGGUCUCCACAGCCCACUUCACAAACGCCAAUCACUUCUCCAUUGCUUGUAUCAAUGGAGAGCGCAGCUCAGCCCAGGUGGAGCUCGACAUCAUAAAAGAUGACAAGAUCCUCGUAUUCCCGAAGAAACCAAGCUUUAAAGUGCACAAACCCAGGAGCAAAGAGGUCGUGGCUAGAGACUUCCAAGAGCUGGAUCAUAUCGGUAUCUUCUACUGCAAAUCCACGAUGGAAGCUACCCGGCCAGAGACGGUCACAAUGAUCAACAACAUUGGCAAAGCAAAUUUUAUCCCGACCCACCUUACAAUGACUGCUAACAGAAACGAGACGGUUCACCUCAGCAUGCAGCUCCUCAGCACCCAAAAAAGAGAUGUGACGUGGAAGUUUAAUGGAAACUACAAUUACAUGACUCACUGGAAUGAGGUAAUAAACCGCACUGCUGUACUGUCCGUGGAGGUUGUAGAAUUUAAAAAGGAGGGUAUCUACAGUGCCAGCUACGUGGGGGACAGCCCCCUACACGGUGCCUGGAUGAGGCUCAUUGUAAGAGACUGUCCCAGUAAGAAGUGGGGUGCUCGCUGUGAUAGAGACUGUCCAGAGUGUCUGAACGGCGGAGUGUGUCAUGAUGCCGAUGGGGACUGUAUCUGCCCUCCAGGAUUCAUGGGAACACGCUGUGAGACAGCCUGCAGGGAAGGAAUGUUUGGACGAAACUGCCAGGAGUCAUGUGGCUCCGAGAAGAAUUGUAAGGGGCUUCGCUUCUGCCUACCAGACCCUUACGGCUGCUCCUGCGCCAGCGGCUGGUUUGGAAGCCACUGUGAAACACCCUGCCAUGGUGACAUGUAUGGACCAGACUGUAUGCUGAGCUGCAAAUGCGAGAAUGGAGGAGUUUGUAACCGUUUCAGUGGCUGCCAGUGUCCCACAGGAUGGAGAGGACAGCACUGUGAGAAGUCUGACCGGGCUCCCCAGAUCCUGGAUUUGGAUAGUAUGGAGUGGAAUCUGAACUCCAGCCCUAAGAUCUCCUGUUCAGCUACAGGAAACCCCCUGCCCAGCCACACCAGCAUCGAGCUGAGGAAGUUGGACAGCACAGUGCUCAAGGCUUCUCGCACCGUGAUAGACUCCAAUAAGAGCACAGCCCUGUUUGACAUCCCUCGCCUGACUGCUCAACAAGGAGGAUUAUGGGAGUGCAGGGUCUCCAACGAUUUAGGCCAGGACUCCCUCAAGUUCAACCUCACCAUUAAAGAGCCUCCCAUACCCACCACCGCUCCCAAGCUGCUGCAGAGGAGGAGUAAACAGCUGCUGGUGAUGCCGAUGGACUCCCACAGAGGAGACGGCCCAAUCGUCUCCACACGGCUCCUCUACAAGCCAGUGGAGAACGGAGAUUCCUGGUCCUCCAUCAUUGUUUAUAGUGACAAAGAGCCAAUCACACUCAUGAAUCUGGAGCCCUCCACCCGUUACCUUGUCCGUGUCCAGCUGAGUCGUCCUGGCGUAGGAGGAGCGGGGGCCCCUGGGCCAGAGGCAAUCAUGGAGACUGACUGUCCUGGUCCUUCAUCUCCACGCAAAGUGGAGGCCCUGCCCCUGUCAGUGUCAGCCAUCCAGGUGAGAUGGCAGCCCCCUGAAGACCCCAAUGGAGGCAUUAUCAAGUACACCAUAGAAUACCAGCCUGUAGGUCAGGGGAGCCCUCACCCUUGGGUGGACACAGAUGAUGGAAACAAGACUUCCAAAGAUGUGACAGCGCUUAAUGGCAGCACGCUUUAUCAGUUCAGAGUGAGGGCUUCCUCCAAAGUCCCCGGAGAGUGGAGCAAGGUUGUGCGGGCGAGGACUCAAGAAGAUGGCUUUCAGAGUUUGACCCCGACCACCCAGGGUGUGGCUGGGAGGGCUACUGCGGGCAGUUACCAGCUGCUGGUGGCAGUGGUUGGCUCUGUAACGGUUACCUGUGUGACCAUCCUGCUGGCUCUGUUGGCUCUUUUUUUCAUCCGCAAGACGCUGCUCAACCGUCGGCGCACGUUCACCUACCAGUCCGGAUCGGGUGAAGAGACUAUUCUUCAGUUUAACUCAGGAACCCUGACCCUGACCCGACGACCCAAACCAACACCAGAGCCCCUCACCUAUCCAAUCCUGGAGUGGGAGGACAUCAAGUUUGAAGAUGUCAUUGGAGAAGGCAACUUUGGCCAGGUCAUCAAAGCCAUGAUCAAGAAGGAUGGCAGUAAAAUGAGCGCAGCGAUUAAGAUGCUGAAAGAGUUUGCUUCAGAAAAUGACCACAGAGACUUCGCAGGGGAGCUGGAGGUGCUGUGCAAACUAGGCCAGCAUCCCAACAUCAUCAACCUGAUUGGAGCCUGUGAGAACAGAGGCUACCUGUACAUAGCUAUUGAAUACGCUCCCUAUGGUAACCUCCUCGACUUCCUGAGGAAGAGUCGAGUGCUAGAAACUGAUCCUGUGUUUGCCAAGGAGCAUGGCACCGCCUCCACCCUCACCUCCCAGCAGCUGCUGCAGUUCUCUGUUGAUGUGGCAACAGGGAUGCAUUACCUGAGCGAUAAGCAGUUCAUCCACAGAGAUUUGGCAGCCAGGAAUGUCCUCGUAGGGGACAACCUUGUGGCAAAGAUUGCAGAUUUUGGCUUGUCCCGCGGUGAGGAGGUUUACGUUAAGAAGACAAUGGGGAGGCUGCCUGUACGCUGGAUGGCCAUUGAGUCUCUGAACUACAGCGUGUAUACAAGCAAGAGCGAUGUAUGGUCAUUCGGUGUUCUUCUCUGGGAAAUUGUCAGCCUAGGUGGCACACCAUACUGUGGGAUGACGUGCGCUGAGCUUUACGAAAAACUGCCACAAGGCUUCAGAAUGGAGAAACCCAAAAACUGUGAUGAUGAGGUCUAUGAGCUCAUGAAGCAAUGCUGGAGGGAUCGGCCUUAUGAGAGACCCCCCUUCUCCCAAGUCUCAGUGCAGCUCAACAGGAUGCAGGAGGCCAGGAAGGCUUAUGUGAACAUGGCCCUCUUUGAGAACUUCACCUACGCCGGGAUAGACGCCACAGCUGAGGAGGCCUGACUACCAGCCCCCCCAGACCCUAGCUUGCCACGUAGACCAAAGAGGAAGCCCCGAGGAUGGUCGCCGCGUUACUGCCACCACCCUGCCGCUCAGCGCCGAGACAGGAGAACCAGAGCCUUCACCAAAGACACCCAGUUAUAAAUGGAGGACUGUGAAAGGACACUGUGUGGAGGUGUUUGAGGCACUGGGAGAUUGAGGAGUAUGGCUGGGCCUUUUGGGGGAAAUACUGAGCCUCUGUCUCUACAAACCAGUAGCAGUAAAAGGACACACCAUUGUACCUCUUGUGUAGCAAAAGUUACAAUGCGCUAACCUUUUUCUGCGAUAGCUGAAGGGAAGCGGCACAUAAGGAGCUACGUGACUUGCUGAAACACCACAGGGUCUGUGGGGUAUCAAAGCUGGACUUUGCUUCCUUUCCAUUGCUCUCAAUGGAGAGGGAGAUCUUUAAAUGAAGAUAAAAUUCAAAGGACACAGUGUAGAUCACAAAUACUCGAGUUCUCAAACUGUAGAACAAGUAUAAAAGACAUAUAAUGUAGCACUUAAACCAGCCUUAUUCAUGCCAACUGCGUCUGUAACUGUUAGCGUAUCACUGCCAUGUGAAUGUAACUACUACUGUUUGUAUUUUGUUUGUUUUAAAGGAUAAAAAGAUGUAUCAAUGCCUCUUAGUCAACUGAUGUGAAACUAACUAUUGUAGAUAAUCCAUGUGUUGCAUAAACAGCUCCACCACAAGAGUAGUUGUUUGGUAAAUGCUAAUAACACUGGGAGGAUGCACAGUCAGUCAGUGUACCAGCUAUCAACAAUAUAGUUAACACUUUAAGAGCUAAUGCAAUGUGUGGUAUCAUAACGACUGUGUAGAAAUGUACAGAAUGUUUUUUCACUGACUGGUCUCUUUAAUAAAUGUUUUUGUGGUAACUGGACUUAUCACCUUGAGAAGCUGUUCCAUUUGCACUCUCAGUGACUGACAACACUGAAGCUAACUACAGACACAGUAUGUCCCCUGUUUACUCAAACAGCUGUAAGCUUAAAGUUGUGUGGUGAAAAAAUGCAGCUUCUCCCAGAGUUUGUCUUUGUUAGUGUUAAAAAUGCAAAUCUAUCUGAACCUUUUCAUCCAUUACUACAUAGAGGAAGAGCAGUUUCUGUAUCUGUUGUCAACUACACAAUGUUUAUUCAGUCAGUACAAAUAUAGGAGUGGGUGACUGCUAAUAGGAAUACAUGCUGAAGAUUUUUUAACAAGAAUGAAGGUGGAAUUUAGGAAUGGUUGGUGAACUUGAGCUUUAGCUUGCCUGAAAAGUAACUUUCUGAUUGUAGUGUUAGCUUGUUACUUCUUGCUACUCUCCAUGGGGCUUGCCAAAUUUUAAAAGCUAGAUUACACCAAAGCUUCAAUUCAAACUUAAAGUUCAUGUAUUGUGGUUAUCUUUGUUAGUCCUGUUGAAAACAUGUACGAGCUCAAAGCUAAGGUAAGCUAGCAAUAGCAAUAGCAGCAAGGGUAUGUGUACAUUGUGGUUGACCUUUCACAUUUUGCUUAAAAAUGCAGUUGAGGCCUAAGUACCUGCUGUAUGAGGAUGUACAGUAUGUUUUGUUUUGAAUAAAAGUUUUGUAUGACAACUGGAA